UUUGGUUUGAUUUUGACUCUUACAACUCGACUGUUUGUUGUAAAGCUUGUAUUCGUAUAGAUAAAAAUCAGUCUGCAACAUUUUUAAAAGAAAUUUCAAUGGUUCAAUAACUUAUUUGGUAGCUAUCCAAAUCUCUCGACUUAAUCUAUAUAGGUAUACUCAACAGCUCAACAGGUCGCAUUAGUCUCACAAUGAACGCGUACACCCUAUGUCGGCUGUGUCUAAAAGAUGGUACAGAUCUAAACUUUGCUCACAAUGAAAUCGCCGGCAGAAGCGAAGACUCCCCGGAACAAUCUUUGGAGCAACUUGUUAUGCAGUAUCUCCCAAUUCAGAUUAUUAAAAGCGAGCACUCCGGUUACCCAUUCAUAUGUGGCUGUUGUAUAUCUCAGAUAAAACAGUGGCAUCGGUUCUGCACAUCUUGCAUCGACAAUGACACAAUCUAUCAGAAAAAACUGUUAUCGGAACAGCAAAUACAUAACGAUCAAUCACUGAAUCGGCAGGAAAAGAUUGUAUUAAAAGAGGAGAUAAUGUUAGAAUCGUCUCAUGAUGAUCUCACGACAGAGCAAUAUUUGGGAAAUGAACCAACAGGUACGAUCAAAGUAGAAGACAAUUCAGAUAAUGAUCAUAAUCGAGAAGACACCUCAAAUGCUGAAGUGCAAAAGGCUGAAGCCGAGAAUAAAGAAACGAUCCCGGAAAACAUCAAAGAGGAGAAACUUGUACCGGAACAGUACAAUUUUCCGAAGACACAUUCUGCAGAAGAUUUGGAUAAGUUCCUGGUGGAGCCUAUGGAUGAUCGAAAGAUCGGACGGAAGUACCAAUGUCCGCACUGUCCGAGUUCGUUUGCCGCCAGAAACAAAUUUCGCGAACACAUAAACGUCCACACGCGCCUCAAAAUGUACAAAUGCGAUCAGUGCGACAAGGAGUACACUCGCCGGGACAGCUUGAAGCUACACAAGGUGACGCAUUCCAAGGAGCGAAAAUAUGUGUGUCCAGUGUGCGAGAAGACGUUCUACCAAAGGACGGCGCUGGCCAGACAUAAGCGCAAGCACUUUGAGCAACCGACGGUCAAGUGUACCGAGUGCGACUAUAUGACCUACUCGAAUUGUGAACUGAGGCUGCACUUUAAGAAACAUCUAAAGGAGCGGCCAUUCGUUUGUGAACUUUGCGGACAUACAUUCUACCGGAAAAACAACCUUAAGACGCAUCUGGAAAGACAUCAGAAAAAUGCUACGGAUAAAGCUUCGUUAUAGGAAGCACUUCGUUCGUCGGCCAUUUAGAUAUACCACCUAAAGGCUUAUUACCCAUACAGUCCUAACCCUCUUUAGAAGAGUAAUAGCAAGCCGGAUACAUUCAUACUUGUAAUAUCUCCUAAGCAGAAGCUUUAGUCAACAAACAAUGGAUGCAAAUAAAACACAUUUUGUUGAUUUCCGAUAGA